AUGGGGUUCGACGCCCACUACGACGGUCGCUUCGCCGAUAAAACCUACCCACCAGAAACCCGUAACCAGCAUCUGCGUGCCCUGCUUCGAACAUAUCUAGCCACGAUGCACUCCUUGGGCGCCGAAACUUGGAUCAUGCACGGCUCACUCCUCGGCUGGUGGUGGAACCGGCGCAUCAUGCCGUGGGAUUCCGACAUCGACGUGCAAGUCUCGGAGCCCGUGCUGUCGUACCUUGCGUCCUACUACAACAUGAGCGUGCACAGUUUCAAGGAUGCGGAGUGGCUGAGCGGCGUAGAUAUGGGAGGGCUAAACGUCGUGAAGAGGGAGGAUGGCGGAAACGAGGAAAAGAGACAGUAUCUCCUAGAUAUCAACCCGCACUGGAAGAACGGGAGUUACGCGGAUAACCACAAUGUCAUUGAUGCGCGGUGGAUUGACAUGAAAACCGGCCUCUAUAUCGACAUCACCACCGUGCGAUGGAAUCGGUCAUCGCCGGUGCCCGGGACGCUGUACUGCAAAGACCGCCACCAUUACCUUAGCCGGCAGAUUUUUCCAUUAAGGACAUCUGAAUUCGAGGGCGUGCCUGUUAAAAUUCCCUAUGCAUAUCAGGAGUUGUUGGCUGAGGAGUAUGGGACUGAGAGUCUGGUGCAGAGGGUGUAUAGGAAGAAAGGGCAUUGGUUUGAUCAUGAGAGGAUGGAGUGGGUGAAGAUGAACCAGAAUGCCCGGGGGAAGCUUAGACAGGAUGAUAAGGAUGAGGAGCAGAGAGAAACGGUGAAGAAGACGGCAGCGGGGAAGAAGAGACCGAACGCGAAGAAUGACGCCAGGGAUGAGGAGAAGGACGUCCAUUUGAAGCCUAGGGAGGGACGCAAGGUACAGCAUCUGCGCCGAAGUGGUGACAAUGUCUUCGAUGUCGUCCUGGGGUUAUUCGUAGGUGGCUAA